AAUAAAGCAGCUAGGCUAGCGGCGGGUCGGGCAGUUAGCAGCCCGGAGAGCGGCGGUACAGGCGGAUAAACUCCGGAAGACGGCGCGGGGCGGGCAGCGGCGGACGGCAGCGACGCUUUCACCGGCAGCAAUGCCAGAGCUGGGCGCCACCGCCCGCUAACGACAGACGGGGACGGAAACCCCGACGCGACGAUAGAUAAAAAAGCAACAUCACCAGGAGAAGGGUUAGCUUAGUUUCAAUGUUAUUGUCACUUCAAAACACGAAUGGUGACAAUGUCCUGCUCUGGCAACCUGGUCUGGGAUGUAAAUAAACGCCUAAUUGGAUACAGCCUGCCUAACACCAUCAGGACCAACUAUUUAGGGAGAAGAGAGUUUGUCCAGAGGCUUAAACUUGAGGCGACGCUGAAUGUUCACGAUGGCUGUGUCAACACUAUAUCCUGGAACGACACGGGGGAGUACAUCCUGUCGGGGUCAGACGACACCUUCCUGGUCAUCACCAACCCGUACAACAAGAAGGUCAAGAAGUCCAUCCGCUCGGGCCACCGGGCCAACAUCUUCAGCGCCAAGUUCAUGCCCCACACCAACGACCAGGAGAUCGUGUCCUGCUCCGGCGACGGCAUCAUCUUCUACACGCACACCGAGAAGAGCCCCGAGCACAACCGGCAGUGCCAGUUCAACUGCCACUACGGGACGGCCUACGAGAUCAUGACCGUACCCAACGACCCCUACACCUUCCUGUCGUGCGGGGAGGACGGCACGGUGCGGUGGUUCGACCUCCGCAUGAAGACCAGCUGCACUAAAGAAGACUGCAAAGACGACAUCCUGAUCAACUGCCGCAGAGCCGCCACCUCCAUCUCCAUCUCCCCGCUGGUGCCGUACUACCUGGCCGUGGGCUGCUCCGACAGCUCGGUGCGGAUCUACGACCGGCGCAUGCUGGGCACCAGGGCCACCGGUAACUACAUGGGCCGCGGCACCACGGGCAUGUGCGUCCGCUUCGUCCCCGCCCACCUGUCCAACAAGUCCUGCAGAGUGACGUCUCUGUGCUACAGCGAGGACGGCCAGGAGGUGCUGGUCAGCUACUCCUCGGACUACAUCUACCUGUUUGACCCCAAAGACGACCAGGCCCGCGAGCUCAAGGGCCCGUCGGAGGAGAGGAGGGAGGAGCUGAGGCAGCCUCCGGUGAAGCGCCUCCGCCUGCGAGGCGACUGGUCCGACACCGGACCGCGGGCUCGUCCCGAGAGCGAGCGGGAGAGGGACGGCGAGCAGAGUCCCAACGUGUCCCUGAUGCAGAGGAUGUCGGACAUGUUGUCCCGCUGGUUCGAGGAGGCCAGCGAGGCUCAGAGCAGCCGAGGGGCGCGGCCGCAGACCCGGCCCAGAGGGACAGCCGUCCGUCCUGAAGGAACGUUGAACACUCCCGGCGCCUCGGCAGGGUCCAGUCAGGAGUCCGGCCCCCCCGAGAGGCCGGCGGCCGGCGGCGACUCCGAAGCGGCCGCCGCCGCCGCCACGUCCCCCCUGCCCAAGUCGGCGUCCUCCUCCUCCUCCUCAGGGUCUUCGUCCACCGUCACCGCGCCUCCUCCCUCCAGCUCCUCGUCGGUGGAGAACUCCGCCCCCUCCUCCUCCUCCUCCUCCUCCCCUCCCACCUCCUCCCCCGACUCGGAGCAGAGGAGUCAGGCCGAGGCCACGCCCACAGCCACGCCCACAGCCACGCCCACCUCCGAGCCCACGCUCUCAGAGUUCGGUCCUCACCGGCUGCCCAUCAGUUUAGUGUGUAGGCGUUUGCAGAGGCUGCUCCGGCUAGCCGACCCCCCAGGAUUUGGGCAGCGAGCGCCCCCCUCUUCCUCCUCCUCCUCCUCCUCCUCCUCUUCCUCUGCAGCCCUCGUGAGACAGUCACAAAGAGCCGCUGCCUCUGCUGGCGAGACGCGCCCCCGUACAGAUUCUCCCUCGUCUGUGGUAAACAAACAGCUGGGAUCCAUGACUCUUGACGAACAGCAGGGGGCAGCAGAGGCUGCAGGUUCACCUCCCGGCGAGCCUGCCACUGCACCGGCGAGCAGCAGCAGCGGCCCUCCUGCCUCCUCCUGUACCUCCUCCUCCACCUCCUCCAGCCGGCCCAGCGCCGCGGAGCCGGUGCUCAGCCUGCACUACAGCUCCGAGGGAACCACCACCAGCACCAUCAAGCUGGACUUCACCGACGAGUGGAGCAGCAGCACGUCCACCUCGAUGGGCGGCGGCGGUCCCAAAGCGUCGGAGGCCGCCCAGAGCCGGGAGAGCGUGACGGCGGAGAGCCCGGCUCCCACGGAGUCCUCAGGGCAGCAGGGCGUCAUGGCCGCCCCUGCAGAGCCGGCGUGUGACGCCCCGUGCUCCUCGGCGGCUCCGAGGCCAGCAGAGGGCGCCUCCGAGGACAGGACUCCUCCGGAGGGGGCGGAGGACACCACAGGGGGCUGCAGGAGGGCGGAGCCCGGCGCCGGGCAGACCCACGAGGCCGGCGAGGGCCAGAGCCAGAGCCAGAGCCAGCCCGCCGCCCGCGGCAACCAGGACUCGGACGACAGCGACGACGACCCCAUCCUCAUCCCGUCCAGCAGGUUCAGAGGACAGGGACAGAGAGGAUCUGCAGUGGGAGAUAGGAUGAUCAGGCGUUCAGCAGCAGCUCGGAUCCAGGAGCUGUUCCGCAGGAGGAAAGAAAGGCGAGAGAUGGAGGAGAGCGAGACGCAAAACAUCCGGAGGCCCUCCGUCAAGAUGGUCUACAAAGGCCACCGUAACUCCAGAACCAUGAUCAAGGAAUCGUGCUUCUGGGGCAACAACUUCGUGAUGAGCGGCUCGGACUGCGGCCACAUCUUCAUCUGGGACAGGCACACCGCCGAGCACCUCAUGCUGCUGGAGGCCGACAACCACGUGGUCAACUGCCUGCAGCCGCACCCCUACGACCCCAUUCUGGCUUCUUCAGGGAUCGACUACGACAUCAAGAUCUGGUCGCCGCUGGAGCAGUCGCCGUCUUUCAACAGAGUCCUCGCCGACGAGGUAAUAACCCGCAAUGAACUCAUGCUGGAGGAAACCAGAAACACAAUCACAGUCCCCGCCUCCUUCAUGCUCCGCAUGCUGGCGUCCCUCAAUCACAUCCGAUCAGAUCGACUGGAGGGCGAUCGCUCCGAAGGUUCGGGCCAGGAGAACGAGGACGAGCAGUAGCCCGCUGGCGUUUUGCGUUGAAGAUAACACCUUUUUUUUUUGGCUGUAUAGCACUUGAAAAAAUGUUGAGAUUUGUACAAGUUUAGUGUAGAAUACUUCCUUUUGAAAACUAGUGUAAUUUCUAGCCCCCUGUGUUUUUUUAAGAUGACUUUCUUACCGAUGUUUCUGUAUGGGGAUGAACUACGUUUGUGUGAAUGCAAAAAGGAAAAGAUGUCAGUAUA